UUUUUUUUUUCUGUUUCAGAUGGAACAAAUAAAAAGGGCAAAUAAACUGUUUACAAAUGACUGUAUGUAUCUGAAGAAAACAUUGAAUAUCCCUGUUAUAUCUGAGAAGCCAUUGCUAUUUAAUGGACUUAAUGCACUGGAGUCUCCUGAGAAUGAAUCUGACAGCCUGUCGUCUUGUGAAGAAGGUCCAGUGACAGUUCAAGAAGACAACUCUUCACCCAGUCCUCCAGAAACUGACAGUCUGCCUCCUCCACCCGAAGAGUUAUCUGCCAAAGAUUUUCUACACAGACUGGAUUUACAGAUUAAGUUGUCCAAGCAGGCAGCUCAGAAAUUAAAACCAGAAGACAGCAGGGAGGACGAUGAAGAAAAUUCCUAUGCAACUUCUUCCUAUCAGCAGUAGAAGAUUGUGAAGAGCUCGACUGAAAGCAGUUCUUACAGAACUAGAUAUCUGAAGUUUCAAAAGCAAAUCUUUUGGAUUGAUUUUAUUAUGAUGUACUUGUUACAAGUCGAACACAGAUGAUUCCAUUAAAUAUACUUGCACUAAAAUGAUUUCGUCUUCUGCCUUCUGCAGGCCGGUGUCCUUUUACGAUCCAUUAAAAAAGGAAGUGAGCCUUCCAGCACUAGCGAUUGCCUUCAUUGUUUCUGCUAUGGAAACAUAGCACAGUAGCAACAAGGCUUUGCUUCCAACUAAAGUAUUCCCCAUAGAAUCAAUUUCUGAAUAAUUUGUGGUGCAUAUCUCAUUGAUUCACUGGGUCUUCUUUACUUGGGACAAGCAAUUGGAUUUAGCAGCUCAUCCCGGACACCAUUUUGUUGCAGGAUCUUUGAGUAAGAGAUGUACAUACUUGUAAAAUGACGUGUAAAAGGGAUGAAAUAUUUAUGAUAGAAAUCAUUUUCAUGGAGCCUUGAGGCAAAUAGGCUUGCCAUGCAAACUGUCUUGAGUAUCAAAGCUGGAUUGGGUGUGUCUGUGUGUUUGUUUGUAAGUGAACAGAUAUAUAAAAUACAUGUAUAAAAACAUUGGUGUUCUCAAACCAGUUUUAGCCAGUAGUUUUGAGAAUACUAUGUUGGAGUUUUAAUGUGUAUACGACAAAAUAUUUUGUGUGAAAACUUCUUUUUUUAAAAAAAAACAAAGGGAAAUCAAAUAGUUUAAUGUAUUUUUCCUUGUGUUACAAUGUACAUGGCUUCUUUCAGAAAUAUAUAACUUUCAUGUGAUAAAUAUAAAAUGCACUUUAAGAAAGUGACUUAUAUUUGUUGAUCUACCUGUUUGGACAGAAAGCACAAAGCGUCUAGUUAUUUGCAAGCUCAUUUUAAAAUAUAUUUUUGUGUUUCACUAUGGCUGUAUUAAAAGUUCUGAAGUCGUCA